AUGACCACACCACACUGCUGCACUGCCGAAGGCCACUGCCGCGCCCAGCGCUUCGAAAUGGACGCUCUCAACGCCCGCGCUGCCUGGGAAGCCGAGAAGGCCGCCAUUGUCUCCUACGAGGACGGAUGGGACCGCUGGGACGGCCCCAUCUGGCCCUGGCGGGAAACCAACAAGCCCAUGUCACAACAGAAGAAGGAGAACAACAAUUCAAACUUGGCUGCUCCCCAGAGACCGGAACUGAGUCGCAGCUCGAGCACGAACUCGAUCACGAGUUCCACGAGCACUGCCAGCCUCUGGACGAACUCGGCCGCACACACGUGCUCCAGGUGCGGGCACGGUGGCGCUACCAGCCAUCUUUGA